CUUAUAUAAUUUGUGACUGCCAAAAAGAUAAAACUCUCAUCCAAUAUUCUAGCAGUCGAUUCAUCAAUGGCUUCUGAAAUUCAGCAGCUUCAUUUCCUCCUGGUUCCUCUAAUGUCCCAAAGCCAUAUCAUUCCCUUGACAGAUGUUGCCAAGUUAAUUGCACGUCGAGGCGUCACCGUCUCCCUCAUAACAACACCCCUCAAUGCUGCCAGGUACAAACCCAUAAUUGACAAUGCCAUAGAAGAAAACCUCAAGAUUCAAAUGAUUUCCCUGAAAUUUCCAUGUCAUGAAGCUGGACUGCCUGAGGGAUGUGAAAACAUGGAUACAAUCACUUCUCCUCAAUUAGUAAAUCAGUUUUUUCUGGCCUGUGAAUUACUGCAAACCCAACUUGAAAAAUGGAUAGGAGAAUUAGAACCAAAACCUGAUUGCAUGAUUUCCAGUAAUGCUCUACCUUGGACUCAAGAAGUUGCUCAAAAAUUCAAUAUCCCAAGGUAUAUUUUUGAAACAAUUUCUUGUUUCACACUCUUGUGCUCUCGCAAAAUAAUGAAAAUUAUCCAAGACAAAACCAUUGUUUCAAAUUCAGAAUCUUUUUCGAUCCCAGAUAUACCCCACAAAAUUGAAUUCACCAAAUCCCAGUUGCCUGAAUCGAUGGGAGAAAAGUCGGAUAAUUAUAAAGGGCUUGUAGAAAAAAUUUUGCAGGUUGAGGCUUCAGCACAAGGUAUUCUGGUGAACAGUUUUCAAAAUUUGGAGCCAUGGUAUGUUGAAGAAUACAAGAAAACAGUAAAGAAAAAUCUUUGGAGCAUUGGACCAGUUUCUUUGAGUAAUAAUAAACCCUCCAUGAAUGAGCAUCCUUCCAUAGCGUGGCUUGAUUCAAUGAAGCCAAGGUCUGUGAUUUAUGUAUGUUUUGGCAGCCUUUGUCGCAUUUCAUUUGAACAGCUAAAAGAAAUUGGUUCAGGGUUGGAAGCAUCGAAUUUUCCUUUCAUUUGGAUCAUAAGAGGGCAGGAAUCUUCUGCAGAAGUAGAAAAAUGGUUAGCAGAUGACAAGUUUGAAGAAAGGGUUCAAGGGAGAGGCCUAGUAAUCCGAGGAUGGGCGCCACAAGUUUUGAUAUUGUCUCAUUCUUCGAUUGGAGGAUUCUUGACACAUUGUGGCUGGAAUUCUACGUUGGAAGGAGUAUGCGCUGGCGUGCCAAUGAUCACUUGGCCUAUGUUCGCGGAGCAAUUCUAUAAUGAAAAGUUUAUCGUGCAUGUAUUAGGAAUCGGAGUGAGAAUUGGGGUAGAGAAAAGUGGGGGAUUUGUCGAAGGAGAUCAAGUGAAGAGAGCUAUUGAACGGCUUAUGAACGAAGGAGAGGGAGAAGAGAGAAGAAAGAGGGCUCUUAAGCUUGGAGAAACGGCUAAGGAAGCAGUAGAAGAGGGGGGUACAUCUUACUUGAAUAUCUCAAUGUUGAUUCAAGAUGUUAUACAAUUCAAUAUAAAUAAUUAGCAGUUCUUGAAUAUUUAUUAAUUAGUUUAAUAAAUAAUUCAUAAUUAAAACCAGAACUUUG